UGCCUGAAUAACAAGAAGAAGAGCAAUAUUAGGAAAAUUUUUGUGGACAGCAUUAUAUUUAGCGUCAUUUUAGUUCGGAAUAUUGAUAUAUCUUCAUAAAUUCCUUUAAUAUCAUUAAAGUAUUUGUAACUAACACAACUUAUUUUGAAUUGGAAAUAUAUAUCAGCCGUAAAGUGUAAAAGAUACUUCAUUGAAUUUUCAACAACUACAUUUGAAGCAGGCGAUAAGAAGAAAUUGAUUGGGAAAUAUUUUGACUGCAACUUGAUGCAUAAUACACAGACAAAAAUGGCGCCUACCUGCCAGUAAGAAUAUAAUCAAUUGUGAUUAUUGGAGAGACUUUGUGGCUGUAGCUGAGGAAUCUACUUGUUGACUUUUAUUAUAAUUACAAAAAUCAUAACCUCGAAGUUUAACAUGUCGUCCAAUGUGGAUGGGACGACCGGUAUUGAGUCUAUUAAGGCUGAUAUUGAUCAAGAACGGAAAAAUGCAGCAAAUCAACCAACGGAAGAUGUUGGUGGUGAUUCGCCACGUAUAAUAGGAAAUGAAAUAUUGGUUAAACCACAAAACAAAACUUCGGAAGGUCAGCAUACUGAUGAUUUGUUUUCAUUGGAGCGGGAAAUAGCUAAAAUACAUAAUGUUGAUGAAAGUGCUGAAAACGUACAUGUUAAUCUUGCACAUACGUCUUCUUCACCAUGUGGAGACAAUGCUGAAAGCAAUGGUGACACGAUUAUUGUUGCAAGCAACAGCUUAAACACAGAUGAAAAGGAAGCAAGUGAAACAAAUUAUGAAGUAAAAGUAAACACAAUUGCAUUGGGGGAAACAGCGUUAGACCAUGAAGAUUUGAUUGCCGUGUUGAAGGGAUUGGAUGAUGGAAAUGCUACUGAUGCAGAUUUAAUUGAAGGUGUUACAAUAGAGGGUGAGGGGGAAUAUCAAAUCAUGGAAGUGGUUGACGAUGAUACAACUGAAGUAGAAGUGUCACCACCAUUAUCCCCCCUAAAAUCGGGAAACUCUUCGAAAUCUUUUGGAGCAGCAGUUCUUACCACAGAAGAAGAAAGGGCCUUGGCAUUGGAACAAAUGGCAAACAUUGAUAAAGGUCGUAACAAACAGCGCAAACGUAAACAGGAUAUCAAACCAAUGCAACAGAUCGACCCUGUUGUGGACUUGGUCUCUUCAUUGGAAGCAGAUUGGACUGAUAAUGACGAUGAUGGUAGUAGAGAAAAUGUAACAACAAAUAAAAAGGAGUCGCCUGUUCCAGUUCAAAUAAUUGAGUCAAAACUAAAUGUUCCACAAAUAACCAGCGUUGUUGUUAUCCCUCCAUCGUCCGACAAAAGAAAAAGUUCAGAGUCUAUGGUACAGAAUUCGACAAGUGCCGAUAAAAAAGAGAACAUUUCUAAAGAGAAUGAGUCGAAAGAAGCAGUCAGUACUUCAUCCCCGAUAGAGGGUGUAAUUGUGACAAAAACAAAUGAAGAACCACAAAUCUUAAGCUCACAUACAGGAUUUCGUCGCACGCGCAUUAUAAAACGCAAAAUAAUAUGGGAUCCAGAUGCACCAGAAACAACAUUCUCUUAUGCAAAAUUAGUCACUAGCAGCAAUAAGAAUAAAUCUAAGACAGAGUCGCCCACCCUACCAACUAGUACGAUAACCAAAGGCUCUACUACCAUUAAACCUGUUAAGAAGGAAGUCAACCCGAAUAUUGUGAGAAAAACCCAGAGACCGGCUACGCCAAAAGAAAAUAAACUGGAUUCUACUAUUGGCAAAAAAUCGAUUGCAAGUCAAAGGCAAAACAAUAAGAAAGAGGAGGUAUCAGAAAGUAAAACACCAGCAGAACCCGUCAGAAAAUCAUCUAGCCCUUCAGCAUCGGAUCUUUCUCCCAACAAUAAUAAAAGACGAUCAUUAACACCAGUAACCAAUGGCCCCGCUGCAACAAAGAAAAAGAAAGUGUCCGAAAUCGACCGUUUGAUGGGUGAUGAAGGAGCUGUAAAUAUGAUUAACUCUUUGGAAAAAUUAGGUACUGUAGAAACAAAAUCGGCGCGACCGAUGAUGAGAAGUCGUGCAGCAACAAUAUGUGAAAGAAUACCCCGCAAGGAAUCAAUAUCGCCGGUCAAAACACCACCACCUACAACGACUAGUCCACAAACUCCCAGAAGUGGCAAACGUACACCUAAGCCACGAGCCUCUUCCGGAUGGGAUUACGUUUACAAACAAAAACAGCAAAAUAUCGAUGAUUCCAUGAUAAUACGACGACGUUCAAACAGUUCAUACUCUAGCACGGCUUCUUUAAAUCGAUUGAGUCUAGAUGGUCCAUCGACACCUGGUAAUACAACAAAAUCCCAAGAUGUUAAAUCUACAACUUCAACGCCGGGAAAUGUAACACCGAAAGUCGAUUCAAAGACCCCCGAUGAUACUGCAUCUCAGGGCAAACGCGCAGGCGCCAACAGCAAGAAUAGCCCUAAAUCGUUUGAAUUUGCCAAACCUGAAAAUAAAAAAACACAGAGACGUACAAAAAGUCCGGCAACGGGAACUCUUACAAGCGAUUUGAAAAAACCAGCGCCGGCCGCAAACAAGCGUACAUCGCACAGUCCAACUUCAACGUUGGAUGACGAACAAAAAGAUGUGGGAAAUUCUCCAAAGACUGUGCCCACGGCAACUGCAGCACCGGCAAAGGAUAAAGCUCAUACUUCAGAUGUUAUUGUUAAAAAAUCAUCCAAAUUGGCCCAGAUUAUAUUUAGCACUAAUAAAGCCAAAUUAAGUUGUACUUUUACGGCUCAAAUGUUGAAUAAAUUAUCGGAUAUUUUGGAUAAAAUGGCAAAUGAUUCUGACACGAAUGUUACUGUCAUUUUAACGAACGACACACACUUUUGCCAGGGAGUCGAUUUAACUGAACUCGCAGCUGGUUCAGCAGAAAAAAGGAAAACUAUAGUAAAAAAUUUAAUCGCUGCAGUCAAGAGAUAUUUGGUAACAUUGGCAUCAUAUCCCAAGCCAUUAAUAGCUGGUGUAAAUGGACAUCUUAUGAAUCUAGGUGUAAUGCAAUUGCUGUUUUUCGAUGUUGUCGUGGCUGGUGAUAAGUCUACCUAUGAAACAUCGUAUACUAGAAUUGGUCAGUUACCGGAAAGCUAUGGUGUUUGGAAUAAAUUGAACAAAAUUCGUGGAUCAUUUAAAACCAAACUAUUUUGGCUAAGCGAGAAAGUGCAAUCAACUGAAGCUGCAUUGGCGGGCCUUGUUAAUAAGCUUACUUCUGGCGCGAAAGUCAACGAAGAAGCCAUUAAUAUAGGCAGAAAAAUUGCAUCGAUGCCUGCUGAGUCAUACCGCUCAAUGAAAAACACAGUAACGCAGUGCUACCUCGAGGCCAUCGAAGAAACAUUUGACGAAGAAUUCACUACAAUUGCCGAGCAAUGGUUAUCUAGUGAAUGUGUGGAACAAAUCAAAAAAAUCAUUGACCAGGGACAUUUUUAGUUGCAAGGGUUCGUCUCUUUAUUACGUUAAUUUCGUUUAAUUGCAAGUAUUUUGAGUUCAAAUUAUUUUCAUGUACAUAUCUGUUAUGUACAACAAAAUACUAUAUGGUGUUUCUGAUAAGUUUUAGUAUGACUUUUUUUACCCAACUGGGAUCUUAAUUUCUUUAUAUUUCUAAGUAUAACUCUAAAAAAAGGGAUAUUAUAGAAUAUAUCCCUACACAGAAGUGGCAAUUUGAAAUGUAAUUUUAAACGUGGAUUAAAAUUUCCAAAGUCAAACACAUUUAUUAACCAUACAAAAAAUGUUUCGAAAGAAUGUGCAGUUUUAUGCAAUUGUAAGUAAAGAAAAUAUGUUUGAAUAAAUAUUAAAAUAAUG